AUGUUGGCGUUCCAACUUCUCGGUAUGGUUUUACCUUCUAUCGCGACAUUCGCAUUUGCUGGUGAUGAUUUUUAUAACAUUGUUAGCUCCAGUAAUAUCAUAUCAUCCGAGAACAUAGAGAUACAUACGUUCUCAGCUGAUGGUGCUGGUUUUAAUAUCACGGAGACGAAAAGCGGUGUUGGCCAAUGUCCGUUCGAUCCUAGACAGAAUUCUACACACGUAUAUGUCAAUGGCGAAUUGUAUUCUGGGACGGCGGUAGAUUUUCAAGGAAUAACUCGCGUCAUCUCCAAGAAUCGACUUACGACACGAGCUGCUGUAUACGAACAACUUAACGAUCCCAGCUUUGUGCACUCUUUCACUUAUGGCGACUUCGUAUAUUUUGUUUUUCGUGAAAUCGCUAUAGAGUCCUUAAACUGCGGCAAACGGGUUUAUUCGAGAAUUGCUCGCGUAUGCAAGAAUGACCGAGGCGAUAAAAAGACUCAGACCAAAUGGACUUCUUUUUUGAAAAGCAGACUCAAUUGUUCUGUUCCCGGGGAAUAUCCUUUCUAUUUCGACGAAGUUCAAUCAGUCACAAAUGUCAUCACUGGAAUAUAUGGAGGACAGAUUCGUGAUAUUAUCUAUGCCGUGUUCACGACGCCACCUAACUCCGUCUCAGGGUCUGCUGUGUGUGCUUUCUCUAUCCGCUCCAUUCAGGAUACUUUCGAUGGUGAUUUUAAGGAACAGGAAACACAGAAAUCGAACUGGCUUCCCAUGCCUAAAAAUAAAAUACCCAAGAGUCGACGACCUGGUACUUGCGUUCCUAAAGAUGAAGCUCUUCCCGAUGAUGAAUUUGUAGGAUUUAUACAAUCACACACUCUCAUGGAUGCAGCGGUUCCUGGAUUUUUUAAUCGUCCAUUUGUCAAUACCCUUGGAUACCAUUUUACUAAGAUCACUGUUGACCCUCAAGUCCAACUUCAAGAUGGACGGACUAUCGAUAACAUCGACUCCAAGAGUAACAGUAAAAACACUGUCGAUAGUGAUGAUAUUGAUUCCAAGAGUAACAGUAAAAACACUGUCGAUAAAACAUACUACUGGCAGAGGAAUGUAACAAUUGUGAAAAUAGUCUAUAUGGAUUCGCAGCCGCCCUUUUUGAGAAUAGAAAAGAAGAUAAAGGACGAUUCUAUUAAAACAGUUAACGGACUGGUUCUUUAUGCUAAAGCUACAGAUAUCCUCAUACGAAAGCACGUUGCGAUCUCCAAGGCCAUAAAGGCCCUAGCCGAUGAACACGAGCCGCAUGCCGGUACGCCACAGUGUUAUUACACAUUCAAGGAACACUGCAGCAAUGUCAAGGAUAACUAUGGAGGCUUCGAACCUUUCAUGAAUACUAUACUACCCUUACUGAAAUAA